AUGGCGCCACCUCCGUCUCCUCCCGCCGUCGAUCCCAGAAGCGGCUUCUGCAAAUCCAACUCCACCUUCUACAGCAAGCGCAAACCAGUCCCUCUCCCACCCAACGACUCUCUCGACGUCACCACAUUCAUUUCCUCUCAGGCCCACCGCGGCCACAUCGCCUUCAUCGACGCCGCCACGGGCCGCCACCUCACCUACUCCCAGCUCUGGCGCGCCGUCGACUCCGUCGCCUCCUCUCUCUCCGACAUGGGCAUCAAAAAAGGCCACGUCAUCCUCAUCUUAUCCCCCAACUCCAUCUCCUUCCCCGUCGUCUGCCUCGCCACCAUGUCCCUCGGCGCCAUCAUAACCACCACCAACCCACUCAACACCACUCGAGAGAUCACCAAACAAAUCGCCGAUUCCAAACCCGUCCUCGCCUUCACAACUCGCGAGCUCCUCCCCAAGCUCGCCGGGUUCGCUUCCAACAACAUAGUCCUGAUGGACAGCGCUGAUCAGCAAACCAAGAAUAAGAGCAGUAGUAACAAGAAAGUGCUGACACUCGCGUCAAUGAUGAACCGGCCGCCCACGUCAGGCCGGUUCAGGGAGACAGUGAGCCAAAACGACACGGCGACUCUUCUUUACUCUUCGGGAACGACAGGAGCCAGCAAAGGGGUGGUGUCGUCUCACCGGAAUCUGAUCGCGACGGUCCGGACCGUGUUAGGGAGAUUCUUCUCGCAAGCUGAAGAGGAACAGCAGCAGACGUUUCUGUGUACUGUUCCGAUGUUCCACAUCUACGGCCUCGCCACGUUCGCCACCGGGUUCCUGACGUCAGGAUCCACUAUUGUCAUCCUUUCGAAAUUCGAUAUGCACGACAUGCUCUCGGCCAUUGGGAGGUACAGAGUUACGUAUCUGCCCCUGGUGCCGCCGAUUCUGGUGGCGCUGGUGAACGGCGCGGCCGAGAUAAAGGCCAAGUACGACCUGAGCUCGCUGCGCUCGGCUCUGUCCGGUGGGGCCCCCUUGAGCAAGGAAGUGAUUGAAGGGUUUUUGGAGAAGUUUCCUAGCGUCAGCAUUAGUCAAGGGUACGGUUUGACCGAGACAACGGGGGUGGGAGCUUCGACGGACACGUUGGAGGAGAGCCGGAGGUACGGCACGGCGGGGAUGCUGUCGCCGAGCAUGGAGGCCAAGAUUGUGGACCCCGACAGCGGCGAGGCUUUAACUGUGAACAAGACCGGUGAGCUUUGGCUCAAGGGUCCCACCAUCAUGAAAGGAUACUUCUGCAACGAUGAUGCCACUGCAUCCACGCUUGAUUCCGAAGGGUGGUUAAGGACCGGCGAUCUUUGUUAUAUUGAUGAUGAUGGAUUCAUCUUUGUGGUUGAUAGGUUGAAGGAGCUUAUUAAGUACAAGGCAUUUCAGGUGCCCCCAGCGGAAUUGGAGGCUUUGUUACUCACUCAUCCCCAAAUUGCUGAUGCUGCUGUCAUACCGUAA